AUGUUUGGCAGCAAUAGUCAGGAUACCUGCCUUGAUGACACGUAUUUUGUUCUUGCUGGUUAUCAAGCUGAUUAUCCUUCAAUGUUAUUUCUAGAUCAUCAAAUGGAUUUAUACCGACAAAUCAACAACUACUUUGACACUGUUAAAUACUCUGAAUGGAGUAUCCUAGAUAACUUGUAUUCGAUACAGAACCCUAUGUUCACGUCUGACAGCGCGGACGAAGUCGCGACCAUUAUAAAAGAUAUAAUUGGAACACGUCGUAUAUCAAAUUCAUUAUUAGCGAGUGCAAGACGUAAACUAGAACAUCUCGAGUCCAAAUUUGAGUCCACUUGGACGAAUUCAAGUUUAAUUAAAUGCUCUUUUAGUUGUUGCAGAAUUUAG